GAAAAGAUUUGAGUCAUGUGGGGAUUUACACCCCAAAUGAAUCACGAUGGUGCAACAAUCCAAACAUCUCCAGUGUUUCUGUCAUCGGCCGUUAGUUUUCCAUUUAGCUUAAUGCCUUUGAGGUGAACUGAACCAGAGGAACUCCGUGUUUCAGGCCUCAGCAGGCUCAGACCCGCAGGUCCGGCUUUUGUGGGCGGAGGCAGUUCGUGGGCGGCGAUAGUUAAAGCAGAUUCUGUGGAAGCGGAUCUUUAACACCGUACAGACUUCCUGAAGCUGUAGACCCCGACUGAGAUGGCGUUGGUGGGGAAAACCGCGGUGGUGACCGGAGCGGCCAUGGGGAUCGGAAGAGCUUUGGCGGAGAUCCUGCUGGAGAACGGAGCCAAGGUGGCUCUGCUGGACAUUAAUGAGGCUGCAGCAGAGCGCCCCCUGCAGGCCCUGGAGCAGCAGUUCGGAGCAGAGAAGACCAUCUUCCUGAAGUGUGACGUUGAAUCCGAGGAGCAGAUCAGAGCUGCGUUUAAGAAAACCGUAGAAACCUUCGGGGGAAUCGACAUUUUAUGCAACAACGCCGGCAUCCUGAACGAAACCAGCUGGGAGAAAACCAUUUCCAUCAACCUGAUGGGUGUGAUCAGAGGGACCUAUGUGGCUCUGGAGCAGAUGAACCGGCUGAGCGGCGGCCGCGGCGGCGUCAUCGUCAACACGGCCUCCAUGGCAGGAAUCGGUCCGUUUCUGAGCUGCCCCUCUUACACAGCAAGCAAGUUUGGAGUGGUGGGAUUCACCCGAGCCAUGGCCGCUGCCUCUGAGGCUUCUGGGUACGGUGUUCGGUUCAACACGGUUUGCCCCGGCUUCGUGCAAACCGACCUGAUGACCAACAUCCCGGUUCGGCUGGGUCAGUUCUCCCACCUGACCGCUGUCGCACACCAACUGGUUGACGUGAUGGGGACGGUAGCGGUUUCUGACGUUGCCGCCGCCGCCUUGGAGCUGCUGACAGACAGCACAAAGAACGGAGAGGCCCUGCUGGUCUUACAGAGUGGAAACAUGUACAUGCAGUUCCCUUCAUUCAAUCCAACACAAAAUAAACCCUUAUAAUAAGAAUAAUAACCAACAACUGGAUUCAGUUCUACAAAAACCCAUCAGACCUGCUGUGGUCUUAAAUAAAAAAGAUAACAGCU